CUUCCGUUUGCAACCAAAACACCCCGCCCACACCACGUUGUGCAACAGAACAGAAAUUUCUCUUCGGGAUUCCAAAGAACCAUGAAAGAUGUCGCGUAAAAGUGAAAUGGAUCGCACGGACCGAACACCUUAAUGUGUUAAAAAUUGAAUUAAAUAUACGGGGAUAAUGAUUGAAUUAAAAAUUACAUUAAAAUCUUACGGAGAAUAGGAUAUUUACAACACGUGUUGGAACUAAACAAAGAAAGGUCAUAUCAACAAAAACAUCGCUCGCUCGAAGGGCGUGACCUGAUAGUUUUAAGGUUUAGAUUUUGUUUCAAAUGUGUUUUUUGUAAUUAUGAAUUUAACAGAAAGUGAAUCGGUGGAUAUGGAGGUAAACCUAGCCGCAGAAUGCUUGGUUGCCAUGUCCAAAUCGUUUGCUACCGAAAUUAGGUCAACAGCUGAUCGGACAAUGGCGGAAAACGUAACUAAGACCAACGUAGAUUCGACAUUCGCACUAGCCAGGAUAUUAACAGAUUUAAAGAGAGAAAAACAGGAAAAUAUUCCUGAUGACCAUAGUGACUAUCCUGCAGUGGAUUUACGGACUGACACUAAUAAUGUGGAUGUUAGAUUACCAAAAUCAAAAACUGUAAAUAAGUCGCGAAAACAGAAGACGAAAACCACGCCCACUUUUGAGUGCGUGAGAGUACAAAGAUUUGACGAAGAUUUAAUUGAUGCUCAUGGAAAGAAAAUGCAUAAGUGCCAUUACAAGGGAUGUCAUAAAGUGUAUGGGAAGAGUUCUCAUUUGAAAGCUCACUUAAGAACUCAUACAGGUGAACGCCCAUUUCCAUGUCCUUGGCCUUCAUGUGGAAAACGUUUUGCGAGAUCUGAUGAGUUGGCACGACAUAUAAGAACUCACACUGGUGAGAAAAAAUUUCAGUGCCCUCUCUGUGAUAAAAGAUUUAUGCGGAGCGAUCAUCUAAACAAGCACGCCAGACGUCAUCCAGAAUUUCGACCGGACAUGUUAAAACGCGGACGUCACGGAUCCGGUAAUAGCUCUCCAGGAUUUGGAGACAACAAGUUUUGGACACCGAUUGAGGCAGAACGCGAGAGGCAUGGUUCAGGGAAUAGCAUGUUGAGUCUAGGUAGUACGGGAACAAGAUCUGUGACCCCACAGUUUGAACUGGGUAGUGAUGGUGUAUCCAAUCAAUCAAGUCCCACAACAUCACCGUAAUGUUGCAAAUCUAUAUGUGCAAGAGACUUUUAUAAGCCAAGAGAAUGCCUAUCUUUCAUUAUCAAAAUAUGACAAAGUACAUUUUUAUUUGAAAAUAGUAAAAUAUAACUUUACAUUGCAUGUCUGAUGAGCAACUAAGAAAGGCAACUCUUCUGUUACCUUAGGAAGUAACUACAGAGUUGCUGCCCCUUAGUAGUCAGUUGACAGCUGCACUAUCUGAAACAUUGUAACAAAUUAAUUAUGUAAAGCUCAGAUUUCAGCACUUCACAGCUAACUUAUGUUAUACACACUCAGCUAUUGAUAUGAUGAUAAAUUACCAUUUAUACCAUAUCAUCAUUCAUUACCUGAAACUUACAAUAGCAUAUAAUUGUCUACUAUGUCUACAUGGAACAAUUACCAUAUACAUGUAGAUAUAAAUCAAGUCACUCUAAAGAUAGGAGAUAAUAAUAUGUAAAUUUUUCUGUUCAAUGUCUCCCAUUCUUUCUUUCAAAAUAAACUAAGGUCUUUAUCCAGCAGGGUAGCUGGAAAGUUGCCAUAUUGACCUGCAUGUCUUGUUUUGACUUGUAACCCAACCCCACAAAAGUAAACAAAACAUUGAAAUAAUGAGAUUUUUAUAUACAUAUAUAAGGGAUAUGAUUACGUAUAUUUUCAUUGAAGAUUUUGUUAUAAAUUGUUUUAAGGUUUAUUUCAUUAUAACAGGGUGUUUAAAAUUGAUUUUGUUUUAUAUUGUUAAUUUAUUAUACACCAUAAAAUAUUUGAUUAGGUAAUGGCAUUUGAUGUGGUAAAACAUGAAAGUUUAUCAGGAUCCAUAUUUAAUUCUCCUAUGAAAGAAUAUAUGUAAAUGAAGGUCUUUUGAGUUGAUGAAAUAUUCAGUUAAAUUUCGUCUGUUCAGAAUAUAAGUCAUGUCAAUUGUCUAUCACAUAAAAUACUUUAGACAAAGCUCAAUAGGCAAUUAUUUUUUUAAAAACGAUCUGAUCAAGUUGG